GGAUGCCUGUACGACCAAUUUUUAGUUUCGAUGUCUGAAAGGGAAAUUUAACAAUAACGUGAUAUAUUGAAUAAUUCGAGUGCGUUUGGACUUUGUGAUUUUGUAUUAUUCAUAUAUAAUUUUUGACUGUUGUGUUUUUUUCUCCUGUGAUGGCUACUGUGGCCAAUGUCUCCGACGAGAAGCAGGCCUUCAUAGGGUUGUUAGGCAAGAAAGGCACAGUUGUUAGCGAUGUGUCCAAUGCCAGUUCAUCCAUGGAUGAUGUUGAGAUGGGCAAAAGCCGAAGGAAGAGAUUAUUACAAAGAACAGCCCCUUGGAUAAUAGUACUUUUGGCCUUAGGUGCAAUUGCAACAUUGGUUUCAUUGGAGAUCAUUAGGAGUAAUGAAUUGAAGAAAUUACGCGCUGAUGUGGAUUUACUGAAGUCGAGACUAUUAGAUGAAGACUUUAUUGAUGACCUAAAGGCAUUUGAGGAAGAGAUAUACGCCGAAACCCACAAUGGCCACCGGGGCGAAUCAUACCCAGGCGCGCACCACCUUGGCCUGGACGAUUUGGACGGGGAUCUGGACGAGGAUGAUGAGGACGAUGACGAAGAAGGUGACGAAGAACUCGCCGCAAGUGGAGACGACGACUACGACAUCUCGUACGAUAGCGCGGAACCGCUAUCCGGCAGUGAUGCGAAUCUGAGGCAUGACAUAUUGACCCCUCACGCGGAAAAGACGAGCCUCGACGAGUUGCCGGCGUCGCCACUAGAUGACAAGAGAAGUUUCAACGAGGCACCCGAAGAACUAUUGGACGUUGGCGAGUACAGACGGCGUGCAAAAGAAGCAGAUAAAGGCAACCGCGAUAAACGCGAAAUAGCUGGUGCCACAAGACAAGGUGUGCCGAUCUUAGCGGAAUCUUACGCCCACCGCAGAAAUCAAACUGAUGGCGAUGAGAGUGCUUACAGACUGCACGAAUCGCUUGUUAAGUACGCGCGACAUGAAGGACCUAUGCUGCAGGGGCGCGGGUGGAACAAAGAUGAUGAAUUUAGACACAACCCAGCCGUGCACGGUCGGAAACGCGUGCCAUCCAACAUGGACUACGCGACACUGGAACGUGAAAUGCCUCCCCUGGUUCCCACUACUACAGUUGCACCACGUACCAUGCCAACAUCCAAAGUCUUCGUUCGCAAAUCGAGAGUCAUGAAUACUGGUGAAGACAAGAGCAAGGCAUACAGAAGGGUUGUUAAAAAAUCGAGUUUGCUUGCCAACGAAAAGGAUAUGCGCAACUAUCAGGAACAAGUAGCGCCAACAGAAACUCGAAUGCCCCUGCGUAGACGUCGCUUGCAUCGUGUCAUAAGAAAAAACAUCGAGAACAUGGGCACCACCGGCCAUACACCAGUGCGCCAUCGUCCAUUAGCUGCUGCACACUUUUCUGGUGACACAAGCAGAUAUGAACAAGGAAAACACGAGCACUACAAUGGUAACGGUAGGUUGCGUCACCCGGACGGAGUGUUUACGGAUUGGCAACCCGCCCCAUGGGUGGGCGCCCUCGGCAUGGACCGUCACUAUCGACUCGCAGACGGCUCCGUCACUGUUAAGGAUAACGGCCUAUACUUCGUAUAUGCUCAGGUCCACUACCUAGACGAACAUGAUACGAACGGCUACCGCGUGUACCGUAAUGAUGAGCCUUUGCUCCAGUGCACCACUAUGACGCACUCUCUCGAGCGCGUAGCGAAGAGCAACACGUGCUACACGGCAGCGGCCUCUCAUCUCGUAGCCGGAGACCGCAUCAGCAUUCGAGACCUCGGAGGUAUGCGCUACGCGCUCUUCGAGCCAACCAAGAGCUUUUUCGGACUGAUCAAGCUCGGCGACGCACGAAUUAAAUAAUUUCAUAAUUUACACGAGGCCUUACAACGUAAUUGUCCAUGUAUUAUAUGAAUUCUUACAUGUGAUUUAUUAAUAAAGGAGGCAUUGCAGGUAGCACAUGACCGUUAUGUUGUUAAAAUUAUUGAAGCAUUUUAUGGGCAUGAUUUAUUUUUAUUAUUCAUAUUCGGUAUCGUUAAUUAAGAUCAUAAAAAGUAUACAAGUCAUAAAACAAAAAUGAUUGCGAAAAUAUGAAUAAGAAAUAACCAAAUUAUGUUUUUUUAUGAAAAUGCAACCUAAAUUUAAUAACAUAAUGGUAAGUGGCAAAGUAUUACAUUAAUUUCAAACGUUAUUAAACACCAUAUUGAAUAUUAAAAAGCAAUUUAAAGUAUUCAUAGAUAUUAUUUAUAUUACGAAGAUAUAUUCAAGGAUAUAUAAUUUAGAAAUACUUUAUGUAGUAAUUAUAUGUUACAAUAUAGAUUUUCUAACGCCUAUCAAGCCUUGAAAUUUGUGAUCUACUACAAUCAAUAAUUUAUUUUGUACUCAAAAGCCAUAUCGAAAAUAAAAUUAUAUAUAUAUAUAUAUAU